AUGCCUCUCUAUGCUAAAUUUAUGAAAGAAUUGCUGACCCACAAGAGGAACUGGAAGGAACAAGAAAUAGUGGUGUUAACCAAGGAAUGCAGUGCCAUUAUUCAACACAACCUUCCUGAGAAGAUGCCAGAUCCAGGGAGCUUCGUAAUUCCUUGCACCAUUGGAGAUGUCACCAUUCAGAAAGCUUUAUGGUGUAUGAAAAUAGAUGUUAUUGAACCACUUGUUCAAGAGGUACUGAAAGCUGAGGUGCUUGAUGACAUUUUGGAUCCUAUCUCUGAGUGUGAAUUAGUUGAAGUUGAUAAUUCACCACCCCAGAAGGCUAUAGUUUACAUGCCUAAAGCAAAGGAGGAAACCCCCCAAACUUGA